AUGGACGACGAAGGCCCUAAAUGGCGUCUUGAGCAGGCGAGUACUGGCCGCGCAACCUGUAGUCAGGCCGCCUGCAAGCGCAGUCAGAUCAAGAUCGCGAAAGGAGAGCUACGUAUCGGUACUCACACGCUGUUCGAGCCAGAGGCUAGAUGGUACAUGGCCUGGCGUCACUGGGGCUGCGCGACCAAGCAUCAGAUCGCGGGCUUGAAGGAGACCACCGGUAACGACCCGACGAAGGCACCUGGCUACGAGCGACUCAGCCCAGAGAGCCAAGAGCAAGUACGCCUAGCCUUCGAGGGUCAGCCAGUCGACAAGAACUUCAAGGGCAUCCGAGAAGACCUGGCCAAAGACGCUCAGCGAUACGCCAAAGAGUACACUGAUGUCAGCUUCUACAAGGUCGACGUUGCCGGUCGUGCGUGCGCUUGCCGUGGCAGCGACUGCCUGUCUAAGAACGUGAAGAUCACCAAAGGUGAGCUGAGGCUUGGUCUAUCCGUCCCGUUCGAUGGCGAGCACGAGAGCAUGGUCUACAAGCACUGGCAGUGCAUGUCAGCGUUCGACUUGGAAGAAGCGGUUCGCCGAGCCAGUGAAGACAUGUUCGAUGGCCGUGACUCCCUUUCCAACGAGUUCGAGGAGGCCGUGACCAAGACACUCGAGACUGGCAAGAUCGUUAAGCCACCGGCGCCCGAUAUCGAGUCGCGCGCGAAACCAAAGAAGGCCAAGGCCCAGAAGAAGAAGGUCAAAGAUGAGGCAGAAGAAGACGCCGCAGAGGUCGCAGAGACCAAAGUCAAGGCAGAAGAUCCGGAACACGAGGUGGAACCACAGCCGAACGUCGCCUAUCCGCCCUCGCCGCCGAUCGAGAUGGAGAAGGCACCAAACACAAGCAAGGUCGGAGGAGGAGUAGAUGCUCAUGAGUCGACUGAGUAUGGACCAACUGUCGGUGUCAAGUUGGAAGAAGCAGGAGUCGAUGACGCGGUCAAAGCUACAGAUGCAGCAGCAGUUCCCAAGCCCAAAGCCAAGAAGACGCGAGCGAAGAAGCGUCCUAUCCGAGAGGUGGACGCAAGCGAGGAUGAGCCCGAGUACAUCCCCAAGAAGUCGAGAAGCCGAUCCACCCCGUUUACCGGUACUGCUGGUCUUGCAUAG